AUGGCGUCCGGUGGCGCCGGCAGCGGCGUCCAGCAGCGACCGGCGGCGGCGACGGUCAAUCGGCCUCCGGCAACUGGUGGCGGCGGCAACUGUCGGUCGGCCUCCGGCGGCGCCGGGCUGCCCCGCGGUGGCAGCGGUCAACAGCGGUCAAUGGCGGCCUUAAUUUCUUUUCUUCUUUUUUUUCACUGGGCCGGGACUGGCGGGAGGCCGUCGUGUCCAUCGCCGAAUCUAACGAGCUGCCGCUCCUUCCCACGCCUCCAGCUACCGGAGACAACGCGGCGCCUCUCUGUCCCAAGCCGCAGCUGUUGCAUCAUGAUGUCGAGCCUGUUUUCGUUCGGUCGGCGUCCCUCGUGGCUUCGUCUUGCAUCGCUACUCCCGGCCGAAAGUCACUACCGACCUGAUUCACCAAUCAUCGGCCGAAUCACCGCUGCGUGCACCUCGCCGAACCACCACCGUGGCCAUCCUUUGCCAGGGAGCACCGUACCGCCGGUCAUCCGUCGAGCCGAUUCCGAUGAAGUCCAAAUUCGGCACUAUUAUCCUGUGAAGUUAGUGUAUUCCCGAGGAUCUCUGUCUUCAUCUCUGUGUGCUCUGCCGGGGAAGCAUUCCAAAAACCUCAGCUCACUUCCUAGCCCGGCCACACCACACCAAGUUACCAACCUUUUGUUCUCUUCUGGGGAGAAACAAGGAGUUCUGGAACAAAUACGCUUCCCAGAUAUGGCACACUCAAAGGGCAGAGCCUUUGAGUUCGAUGUGUUCUUAAGUUUUAGUGGAGUGGACACUCGUUUUGACUUCACGGACUUCCUCAAUAAAGACUUGAAUAAUGCCAGAAUCCGCGUAUUCAGGGACGAAGACUCAAUCAAGGUGGGUGAUAAGAUUGGUGAGACAAUUCUACAAGCUAUUGACAACUCCAAAAUCUACGUACCCAUCAUCUCUCAAACUUACCCUAACCGCAAAUGGUGUCUUAUCGAGCUUGAACGCAUGAUGAACAAUGUGUCUCAAUCAAAGGGUAGAAAAAGUAUUUUCCCCCUCUUUUAUAAAGUGGAACCUGGGGAUGUUAAACAUUGGACUCCAUGCCCCGAGAAUCUUCCCUCCGAAGUCGAACUUAGGGCGCUCAAAGAGACUCUUGCAAAGGUUGGUCAAAUCAAAGGAUGGAAGGUCGAGGAGGGACAAAGCCAAGUAGAAAUUGUCAAUUUGGUCGUUCAAAAGGUUUUGGAGGAGUUGGGCAAAAAAGAUGAGUCACAGACUGAGUAUCUAAUUGAGCUUGAUGACUUGACACAAUCACUUAAAGACUCUUUGAAUCGCGCAGAGAUGCAGGAUAUUGAAAGGGGAGAGAGGAGUGAAAGAAGAGGGAGGAUUCAAAGCAGAAGAAGUAUGGAGUUGAUACACGUGAAGAGAAAGACGAAGUACGUGAAGCGAGGGACGAGGGGAGGGGAGGUCUGGAAAUACGAGGAGUGCGUGCAGGAGGAGUGGAGGAGUAGAGAAACGAGCGUAGGCAAAGAAAGGGAGGAGGUUGGGAAAUACAAGAAGGGCAUGCUGGAGGAGCGGAGGAGGAGAGGGAGGAAUCUACUAGGCAAAGGACGGGAGGAGUCGUGGAAGAGAGUAGGCAGAGAAAGGGAGGAGGACGGGAAAGUCUGA